AUGGCCGGCUUGAAACCCAAGGCCAGUGAAAGGAAUAUCCCCAGCACCCCUAUCCCCACGAAGACCUCACAAGAGAAGGCGAGAAAGGGAAUCAUUGAAGAUAUCAAAACAUGGCGCCUCAGCCUGGAGCUAGGUCAGGUUUCGCUCAGCCUGCGAAGACCCGCGAGCCGAGAUCAUACCGCGGAUAUGCCGAAGCUCGACCCUCAGUCACACCCACUGCUCAGUUUUGAGAUACAGAGUAUGACGGUCAGUGUGGAGAGCAGUGCGGGGACUACCCGGACUUCGAGUGAGACGCCUGAUGAUAGUGCCCUGGCCUUGAUCGCCAGGGAAGGAGAGCCCGUGAGCAUCAAUAUCAACCUCGUUUGCCGAUUUGCCCGUCGCACUCGCGAAUAG